AUGCGGAAUUGGUUUAUCAUUUUCCUGAUCUUAAGUAUUUCCAUCAACACACAUCUAACAAGAGCUAAAACGACAACUGCACCUAGACUGAAGAAUGAUCGCGCAAUUGCUCCAAAUCUAGAAAUCGAUGGUGAAUUUGCAACUGUUCUAGAUGAUGCCAUCAGAUUAGCAGAUGUGGAAACUGAAAUUCAACGUGAUUCUCUAAUUCCAACUUCUGAUUCGAAAAUAAAACAUGAGCUGGGGCAUAAUGCAGAUGAAAGUGGACGAACAAGGCGCAGUUGCGGUGGUGGUGGAGCAGGUUGUGGUGGUAGUUGUGGGUGCGGAUGCGGAUGCGGAUGUGGAUGUGGUUGCUGCCAGCGAUCAUGUUGUAACUCAUGUACCACUUGUACCACAGUUACAACUUGUUGCAAAACAUGUUGUCAACAGUGUAAUCAAUCGUGUUGCGGAUGUGGUGGAUGUGGCGGAGGAAGUUGCGGUAACGACGGAUGCGGUAGUGGUCAUAGGCGUAAAAAGCGAAAUAUCAUGGAGCUUCUAGGAGGACAUUUGCUACGUGACAAACGCUCACCGAAGAAUAACCGUAGGCGUGCUAAUGAUGGUGUACCAAUCAAGAAAACAUUUAAGGUAUUAAUUAAUAGAUAUAAUUAA